UCUUUCUAUAAAUAUCAGCGCUUUAAGACAUGCUCUUUUUUUCUCCUCUCUCUCUCAUUUUUUCUUCCUUGUCUCUUCGCCGACCGUUUACCGGCGACACCGCUUUUUGGUUCCCGCCGGGGAGUCUCUCUCCUCGCCAUUUUUAUGCUUUGCAAAGAACAAAAAUAGUCAGUGCAUUUUUCAAGAUUAGAAAAAGAUAAACAAAUGGAUGGGACUAAAGAGAUAGGACUUAGGAAUGUGAGCUCAACAUGUUCAAUAUCUGAAAUGGACGAUUUUGAUCUCUCUCGCCUUCUGGACAAGCCAAGGCUCAACAUUGAGAGGCAGAGAUCAUUUGAUGAAAGGUCACUCAGCGAGCUCUCAAUUGGGCUCACCAGAGGAGGUCUUGAUAUCUAUGAGAGCACAUAUUCACCUGGGGGAAGGUCAGGAUUCGACACACCAGCGUCAUCGACUCGCAACUCAUUUGAACCACAUCCAAUGGUGGCUGAUGCCUGGGAAGCACUUAGGCGGUCUAUAGUGUACUUCAGGGGCCAACCAGUUGGCACAAUUGCUGCAAUUGACCAUGCCUCGGAGGAGGUUUUGAAUUAUGAUCAGGUUUUUGUACGAGAUUUUGUACCUAGUGCCCUGGCUUUUCUGAUGAAUGGUGAGCCUGAGAUAGUUAAGAACUUCCUCUUGAAGACACUUCAUCUUCAAGGGUGGGAAAAGAGAAUAGAUCGAUUCAAGCUUGGUGAAGGGGCAAUGCCAGCUAGCUUUAAAGUUCUUCAUGAUCCUGUUCGGAAAACAGAUACUCUUAUUGCAGAUUUUGGUGAGAGUGCAAUUGGAAGAGUAGCUCCUGUUGACUCUGGUUUCUGGUGGAUCAUUCUGUUGCGUGCAUAUACCAAGUCUACUGGGGAUUUGUCUCUUGCAGAGACUCCAGAGUGUCAAAAAGGGAUGAGACUUAUAUUGACUCUGUGCUUGUCAGAGGGGUUUGAUACAUUUCCAACCCUUCUCUGUGCGGAUGGAUGCUCUAUGAUUGAUCGCAGAAUGGGAAUUUACGGUUAUCCUAUUGAAAUUCAAGCACUUUUUUUCAUGGCGUUGAGGUGUGCUUUGUCAAUGUUGAAACAUGAUACAGAAGGAAAAGAAUGUAUUGAGAGAAUUGUGAAACGAUUGCAUGCCUUGAGUUAUCACAUGCGCGGUUACUUCUGGUUAGAUUUUCAACAAUUAAAUGAUAUAUACAGAUAUAAAACUGAGGAGUACUCGCAUACUGCAGUAAAUAAGUUCAAUGUAAUUCCUGAUUCAAUCCCAGAUUGGGUAUUUGAUUUUAUGCCUACACGAGGUGGCUAUUUUAUUGGUAAUGUUAGUCCUGCAAGGAUGGACUUUCGGUGGUUUGCUUUAGGUAAUUGUGUUGCCAUUCUCUCAUCUCUUGCCACUCCCGAGCAGUCAAUGGCUAUCAUGGAUCUUAUAGAAUCUCGCUGGGAGGAGCUGGUUGGAGAAAUGCCUAUGAAAAUAGCUUAUCCAGCAAUAGAAAGCCAUGAAUGGCGAAUUGUAACUGGUUGUGACCCCAAGAACACCAGAUGGAGUUACCAUAAUGGAGGAUCUUGGCCAGUGCUUUUAUGGAUGCUAACUGCCGCAUGCAUCAAAACGGGCCGACCACAAAUUGCAAGACGCGCGAUUGAUCUUGCUGAGACCCGUCUGCUGAAAGAUGGCUGGCCAGAAUAUUAUGACGGGAAAGUUGGGAGAUUUAUCGGUAAACAGGCAAGGAAGUACCAGACAUGGUCAAUUGCUGGGUACUUGGUGGCAAAGAUGAUGCUAGAGGAUCCUUCACAUUUGGGGAUGAUUUCUCUAGAAGAGGACAAACAAAUGAAACCAGUGAUUAAGAGAUCAACUUCAUGGACUUGCUGAUGAAGAGACAAACAAGCAAGCAAGCAAGAAAAGAAAACAGAAGGUGAGAAACGUUGGAUUUCUUUGAAGCACAAUUCUUUUUUGCUGGUUUGUGGUUGCAGGUCCGAUUGAGAGUUUGGUUGUGUACGAUAGUUUUUCUGCUAAGGCUAAUGUCUUUGCUUUUAAAAUAAGAGAAACAUGUUGCUGUUGUAUUAAAAAAAAAAAAAGAAAUUUUGAAUGGCAUUUUGGAAAUGCUAUCGUCAAUUUAUAUUAGCAUUUGACAGCAGAAAUGGAACAACAUUUAUCUUCA